UUUUUUUUAAUCUCCAUUUUCAGCAGUGCCGACACAUCAGUGGGUUUCAUGACUGGGAGAUUGUGUUGGGAUAUGGUCAGCUCCUGAUGGCCCAUGUCCUCCAAAACCAGUUUUCCUGAUAUUGAAUCUGUGUGAAAUCUGGGAGAUGGACAGGCAGAGCCCAGGAGACAGACAGGCAGAUACCAGUAAGACAGUAACCACCGCAUCAUCAUCGUCAUCAUCUAUCUUCACCAUGGCAACAGUCAGUUCCCGUGCCCAACCACCCUCUACCUCCCUCAGCAUCAUCCCACCAGACAGACAAGCAGUCCAGGUGAUCCAGCACGCCAUCCACAGACCUCAGAGCAUAACGGCCCAGUACCUGCAUCAGAUGUACGCAGCCCAGCAGCAGCACUUUAUGCUGCAGACAGCAGCCCUGCAGCAGCACCAGCACCCCUCACAUCUGCAGAGUCUGGCCGCAAUCCAGCAGGCUUCAGUCUGUCAGAGGUCACCUUCUUCAUCUACAGGCAGUUUGGUUCAGGCUGCGGGUGUCUCCCAAAACUCAAUCGCUUUACCAGCAUCUCCAGUGACAGCGCGGCUGAUUGGCCGAACUCAGACAUCCACUGCCGGUGCGGCCACAAUAUCCCAACAGGCCAUGCUUCUAGGAAACAGACCAGCCAGCUGUAACCAAGCUCAGAUGUAUCUUCGAACUCAGAUGCUGAUUCUAACUCCUGCAGCCACAGUAGCUGCAGUUCAGUCAGACCUCCCCACUGUGACCUCCUGCUCUUCAUUACCUACCUCCUCUCAGAAUCUAGCUGUGCGUGCCCAUUUGCCUGGAGCUCUGGCUACAACCCACAGCGUCAUCUUAAAGCCUUCUACUGAGUCCCAGGCUCUGUCUCCAGCUGCCUCUUUGCCCAAGACUCCAGUCUGUGGGCUGAAAAGCAACCAGCUGACUGAUGCCUCAACAGAAACAGCACCAUCUGUUACAACCCCAGCCUAUCCUCCAGUGCAAACCCACACUCUAGUCAAGCAGCAGCUGUCCUGUCCAGUGGGCCAGCAGGUGGCGCACCACCAGCUUAUUCUCCAGCGGGCCACAGGAGGAGCUCCCAGCAGCAGACAGCUGCAGCCUAUCGCUCUCAGAGUAGCACCCCAAGAUACCCACUCCAGUCCUCUUCCUCUUUCAGUUAAAAGAUUGACCACUCCAACCAGCCCCCACUUACAACCACAAAAUGAGCCCCCAGCCCCAUCUUCCUCUUCUUCCCCAUUAGUCACCAGUGUGUUUGCAUCAUCAGCUCAGACUUCAGUCCCAGCUGCCACUCUUCAGCCUCAGCCUCCUCCUCUGGUGGCUGCACCACAGCGUCGGACUUCAUUCCCACAGAUCCAGCAGCCUCCGCCUCCUCCUCCUCCUCUAAUUCUCCCCAGGCUGCCCCAGAACCCGCCGGCCUCCAUCCACAGGCUUUCCCUGCACUCAGUACGGGCCUUGGCAGUCCAGUCAGGACAGGUACUACAAACAGAACAGGAUCUACCUGUGGCAGAGGCUCUGGUUCAGAUGCCCUACCAGAACCUGCCACCUCCUCAGACGGUGGCUGUUGAUCUGAAAGUGCAUCCAGCCAAGCACAACGAAACUCUGCAAGUGGGGCAAAUGUGCAAAGUGAAUGGGCUGAGCUCAGAGGAGAGGAAAGAUCCUCCAAGUGCACAACAAGACAGGACCCCUACACCACGUAAGCAGAAUGGUUCAGCGAUGAUGGGUUCAUCCUCCAGCCACUCGGUGAUCAAAUUAGCACAGGUGGAGGACUCCUCACAGCUUACCACCACUAACAAAAGCAGUAACAGCAGCAGCAACAACCCUCCUCCUCCACCACCUUCUCCUCUACCUCCUCCUGUCCUCCCUGCUGCAGCAAGAGUCCCCAGCCAGCCUCCCUCUGCCCCAGCCAGCCUCCCAGGAAGCCCCAAGAGGUCAACCCACGUCCUCACACACCUCGUGGAGGGCUUCGUCAUCAAAGAGGGUCUGGAGCCAUUCCCGGUUGGUCCAUCCUCGCAGUUAUCAGAGCAGCAGGCUUCACUUCCAGAACCCCAGGACAUAUCGACCAAUGGAGAUGCAGCAGAGGACAGUCCACUGGAUGCUGACCAGUCAGAUUCAUCUGACUCUGAGAUGGAAAAUGAUGGCUCUGCAGCAGAAGUUGCAGAGUUCGGGGAGAGUGUGGCAGCUGUGCUGCAGUGUGAAUACUGUGGAAGCAGCGGUUACGCUCGCACGUUUCUGCGCUCCAAACGCUUCUGCUCCAUGUCGUGUGUCCGAAGGUUCAGUGUGAGCUGCACCAAGCGUAUCACGGUGCUUAAAGCAGGUCGCUGGGUCCACAGGCCAGUGGGCAGGAGAGGACGACCCCCCAGCAGGGUCAAUGGAGCCCCCAGAGAACACUUUAUGAUGCAGGCUCACAGGUCAUUUGGCUCCAAAGAGACCCAACAUAGUUCACAGAGAGAGGAAGAUGAGCAGCACGAGGAGGAGGAGGAGGAGGAGGAGGAGGAGGAGGAGGAAGGAGAAGAACCUCCCGUUCCCAUGACAACCAGGCUUCGGAAGCAGGCUGAGAGAGAGCGGGAGAGGGUGAGAGAGCAGAGGACGAUAGAAACGAUCACCAUUUCAGACACAGAAGACGACAGCUGUCCGUCUCAGUGGAACGUGGAGCAAGUGUUUUGUUAUAUCAGCACCCUGCCAGGUGGUGCUGAUGUUGCCGAGGAGUUUCGCUCCCAAGAAAUAGAUGGUCAGGCUCUGCUGCUUCUCACAGAGGAUCACCUGGUCAGCUCCAUGAACCUUAAACUGGGACCUGCACUGAAACUUUGCGCACACAUUAAUGCUCUCAAAGAUGCAUAAGCAAUUAACAUUCCUACUCUAUGCGAAUGUAAAGAAAAACAAGGCUGGCCGCAACUCUGCAGAGACAAUAAGGAAGUGCUGCUCAUCUUUAAACUGGUUAUUUAAAAACACACCCACAAAACACAACAGAGCUCACUGAACUGAACUAAUUCCAGUUUUUAAGACCACUGCCAAUAAUUUCUCCAGGUGCUGCCUCUUACAUAGUAAGAUUUCAGUCAGCUCACUCUAAGAUGAUUUUAGAAUCUUACCUGCGCUGCUUUGGCACAUUUCUCCUAAUACUUUUAAAGGUUUCAGUACUGAAAUGGCAUUUCCUAAAACUGCUCAUACAUAGAUAAAAACUAGUUAAACUGCAGAACUUAUAUGAUUUGUAAAGUGAAGGACCCAAACACGGGAUUUUAGGAAACAAAACACAAACCUUUAUUUGUUGAAAUGCCAAAUCCAACACUUAACAGGGAACCAGGAAAAAAUAAGAAACAUGCAGAUACCAUAACAGCUCAGGGGAAGGACUAUUUAUACACAUCAGGGAAGUGGAAACAGCUGGGGAAAAG